CUGUCACAUUUAGUAUAGCAGCGGCCGCGGCGACCCGACCCAGUCUCUCGUCCCCGACACUCGUCCUUGCCCGAGUGGGUCACGGUGCGCGAGUAGCCAUGCUUUAUGCUGCAGUAGAAUCAGGAGUGUACGGUUGAGUCACCUUUCACACGGGUACUGAGUUUGUGUGGCGGCGGGACAGCUAUAACAGUAGUGGUGUGGACGAUGUGUAGCCUGGCGGAGAUGCUGGGGCGGCGGCAGUGCGUGUGGGCCAGCCUGGUCCUGCUUCUGCUGGUGCUAGCAGCAUCCAUCUCACCCUCUCACGCUAGAAGGAAUGAUCGUAUCCGAGGACACUGCAACAAGACAGUGGACAUCUACGAGGACGUCUCUUCCCCGGAGUUGACGCGACAGAACCGGUACGGGCCCCUCACCUGCUCUUACCGCUUCAAGGUGAACAAGCCAGCCCUGAAAGACGAUUGGGUGAUUGUCGUUCGCUUCAAGAGCUUCAAGGUGGGGCGAGUCCUCAACGCUACCCACUGCGAGAAUGGCUACAUCAAGAUCAUGGACGGCAACGCACAGACGGAUGUAUCUAACAGGAAGAAUCUGGGCAUGUUCUGUGGCGAGAUCGAGCAGACCAGGACCUUCAUCUCCGAGACUUCCUUCGUCAAAAUAAUCUUCAACGUCAACAACUUUACAGAGGAGACCUACUUCAGCUUCGACUCCCGCGUUGAGCUGCAGAAGGAGGUGUACGGCAGGUGGCCUAACUCCAUGCUGUACCCGUUCCGGCGUGGAGAGGUGGUGCCCGGGACGUAUUGCGAGCGGGUGUUCACGGACUGCAAGCUCCAAUCGUGCUUCGUGCAGUCUCCUGGCUACCCUAGUGUGUACCCGCGCAACCUGCACUGCAAGUACUAUCUCAACACGCGCAUGCCCUUCAUCAAGCUGUAUAUCGAGAAUGAGGAGUUCAAUGUGGACGGCCAGCGCUGCGAGAACCCCAUGAUGUGCCCCAUGCGGCCCCUCAGCACCAACUGCCCCUACGACUACAUCCGCGUGUACGACGGCAAGAAUGACAAGGCGCCCCCCAUCGGCACCUUCUGCGGGAUGGGCCGUUUCCCUCACUCCAUCAUCGGCUCGGGCCAGGAUGUCAUGGUGGAGUUCGUGUCUUCCCCCGCCGGGCCCUUCCUCAACACAGGCUUCCACUUCAACGUGGGUAACUGGCCAGGCCACGUGGAGACGAGUGGGUCACGGAACGGCACGUGUGACUGGGUGUUCUCCAGCGACACGGUGGAGCGCGGCCAGGAGUCAACCUUCCUCUCCCUGGCCCACUGGUACCCGCCCAGCACCUCCUGCUCUUACCUGAUCCGCGGCCGCCCUGACGAGGUAGUGAGGAUGUACUUCCCGUCAUUCCGCGUGCGUCCCAUCGAGGCUCCCAUCCGUCCCUACGACGGUGACUGCGGCGAGACUCUCAUCAUCUACGACUCUGACCGCGAGGACGACGCCCGCAUCAUGAAGAUGUUCUGUGAUACUUUCUCCCGCCCGCUGGAAAAGCACGACUUCAUCUCCACAGGAAGCGCCAUGUUCGUCAAGUUUGAGAGUCGCACAGGAAGUUACGACGGGUCUUCUCUCUACUACUGGGCCCAGUACGACUUCUUCAACAACACGCACUACGGGAAGCCUGUGGAGGACACGCUUUGUGACGAACUAUUCGAGUCCUUUGUGCGGCCCGAGGGAAAGUUUGGCUCGCCGCUCAACACCCUCCUGUACAAGACUGAAGAAGAUGUCAUGUGCCGCUACCACUUCAAGGCGCCUCGAUACCAGUACCGUCGCAUCCUCCUCACCAUCAACUCCACAAACUUCAAGCACAAUGACGACGCCUGUGUGGACUGUCUGAACGAUAAGGUUGACAAACUGAAGAUUAUCGAUCCCUUCCGUAACGGCACCAACGUCUGCAUCUGCGAGGUGUGGGUGCCGGGGAAUCGCGUCCCGCCGAGCAUUGUGUCCAACGGCCCUUCUCUCACGCUGGAGAUGCACAUCGACCACCGCCACGCCAUGCAGAACUACUUCAAGUCCACCACGCCCAUAUUUGAAGGCACGUACAAGUUCAUCCACAGCCCGAUCUGCGGCCCGACUGUCAUCCCCGCAGCCACGGAGGGCAAUAUAAUCUACCCCAAAUACGAGCCUUACGUGUACGGCGGCUACGGUGAGGACGUGCACUGCAUCUGGGAGCUCCGAGUCAAGCAGGAGCGGGACGUGUGGCUGUACGUGGACCAGCUCGACUUCUCCCUCAACGACUGCUCUCUAGAGGUGAUCGAAGUGUUCCUGCCAGGCCGCGACCGCCCGGAAUUCACCAUAUGCGAGAAGGGAGACACGGGGGACGAGAGCAAGACCACCAUUCUCAAGUCUCGGGACCUGGUGGAGGGCGCCAUAAUCAUCCAUUUCAAGUCAUCGGCUCCAGGACACUCCAACUUUAAGCUGACCUGGACAGAGCUUUUCGAACUACCACGAAAUAGUGACGGGACAGUCAUGACCUCCAAGCUGAUGGCCCCCGGGGACUGUGAAUUUGUGUGCCCCGGCCAACCUGCCUGCAUCCAGAACGACCUGGUGUGCAAUGGCGUCCGUAACUGUCCAGGGAACAGUUCCGGGGCCGCCCAGCACGACGAGGCCCCGGAGAUUUGCUUCUCUCGCACUGGGUCCAAGUUUAACUACGUAGCCCUCGGUCUGGGAGCCGCCGGAGGUACCGUAGUGGCCGUGGCUGUCAUUAUUCUCGUGUGUCGCAACUGCCGUAAGCGCCCAGACGACAACACGUUCUAAGAUGACUAUGCAACAAUUGAGUUUUUCAGUGUUGUGCGCCAGUGGACGAUGGGCGAAUCCAGACCCAAGUGUUAAAGGAACGAUAGUGCACGUGCAACCCAGGAAACACAAGCGCACAAGUAUACAGCAACAGCACAAGAGGCAUACUAGUGUUACCUUCGUAGAGUCGUCAGCAUGGCAGAGUGUGGGUUAGGCGUCUCUUCCAUACCUUACAUCACGUGGCAAGACAAUAACAAUAAGACUGAACCUCUCGUACCUUCCGUCUCAAGCGGAAAUGUGAAAACUUGAGUGUACAAUUCCUCCCAGUGGUCUCGAGGCCAGGCUGCUGCUGCCCUUCCCGGUGUACAUGUGCAUAAAGAAUAUUUAGAUAUAAUUAGUUAUCUAAAGUGUAAGCUGUAUAUACACACUAUAUAAUGGUUUAGCAUAAUGUAGGUCGAAUUUGACAUCAGUGUAACUCUUCUUAUAAUUCGUAAGGGAAAAAACUCAGAAUCAAAUUUGAAUUAAGUACAAAUAAGCAUCGCAAGGUAACAACAGCGAUAGCCGUGCUGGGAACAACAACACUGGAGACGUGCCAAGUCAAGAGAGAGAUUUUACCAUUUGUCAGCACACGCGAGUGAUAAAUACCAUACAAAGUGUUUAUUUUGUCUACACUGCGUGCUGACACCGCCCCCUUAUGUUGUGCUGUCAGUCUCAUCACUCACUGGUAUGCAUUUAAUUUAGGCUUGCCAUUAUAAACUUUUAUUGAUAAAUUCAACAGACCAUUCUUGUCUCACUUUAAAGGGCGAAACUGUCAAUAUUUUUCCUGGUAAGAAAAAUCAUGUACUUGAGUGUCAUGUCAUUACCAUUUAUUUUCUUUUGAUCUAACCAGCCCUAACCCAACCCAACUGCCACUCGAAACUUCCUGCGCAACUCUCAGUAAAAAUAGGAGUAACUGCGGCAGUAAUGAUGUGUGUAACAGUCAAGAAUACAAUGUUACUUACCAGGAAAGACAAAAAAACAGCUUCGUUUGUCAGAAAGAGGCAGAUGUCGUUCAUUAAUAACGCCCCUUACAUGAUACUCAGCUCCUUAUUAUGUUAUGCAUUUAGUUCACAUCAGUUCACUAGAGUACCGUUACUAUCUUCAUUAUUUUCAUUACAUUUUUGACUGGUAAUUAUUCGAUGGCACAUGUUAGCUCAUCUGAGUAACUUAGGCGACUGAACCAAGCAAGAAGAAAGCUACAUACAGACACUGAAAGGUUUAAACUACUCGAUUCCUUUUUGCUGUCAUUUGAGUCUCGAAAUUAUAGAUUAAACUAACACCAGAAUAUGUUAAGUUUGUGAAGUCUUAGCAGUCAGAAGAUUGAUGCAGAAUUCACAGUCAUUCAUUAUAACGUGCAACUUUUGAAUAUUGAUAUCCAACCAGUGAAAGGGUAAAAAUAAUAGAAAAUAACAGCGCAAUAUGGAUGAAAUAUUACUGUAAAGAUCGAUAUCAUUCUAACCCCAGCGAAGAGUGUUCAGCUUCCCUCCCACCAAGAAAAGGCGGAAACACCUAAAAAGGAUCGAGUUCUCAAACGUUUCGGUGUCUCUUCCGUACUUUUAACGGAGACCAGUGGAAGUUAUGUUUUCAGAGGUGUUUUCAUGAUGCCAGUGAUAGUUUGACAAGAAACUGUAUUAUCAAUAAGAAGAAGCACACGUGAAGAUCUGACUGUUGUAUUCCUGUUGUCUUUGAAACUAUCGUAGUGAAAGAACAAAGCGUUUCAAAAUACGAGUCCUGGGAGCAGAAAGACGAGAUGGAGGCGUGGCGUGCUGGAUUAAAGACCCGUAUUUUGUAACAUUUCACUCUCUAAUUAACAUUACGAGCAUUUUCAAAGGUAACAAAGAUGAUCAGCAGAAUUUUCAUGUAUGUUAUCCCAAUCACACAUGCAGAAUCAUGACUAAACCAUCAUUACAAUCACAAAAAAAAAAAAAAAAAAAACGCUCUUGAAAGCCACUAACUUCCACAAGAGCCUGUUAAAGAAGCAGACCAGAUAAGACACGGACACGUCUGAGAGUACUGUCCUUUGUCAGUGUACGAGGGAAUCCAAGAGAAAACGGAUGAUCGACGUGUACGUAAGCUAUCAUUUUGUACAUAUAAAAGCAGUAUUUGCAUAGGUUCUGUGAUUGGUUGUUGUAAUUUGCUAUCAUAAUGACGGAUGUGAUGGACAGUCGUGUCAGCAGCUUCCCCCACGGAGACUGCCAGAGCACUGCGACCAUUUUCCUUUAGCUUUUUAAGACGUGUACGUAAUGAGUGUGUGCUCCACUGGCCUUGAGCUUAACUUGUAGGUGGAAGUAGAAGUAUCCAGCCUACCGAUUCUACUCCUACAACUACUGCUAAAACUACUACUACUGCUACUACUCCUGUCCUCUCUCUCUCUCUCUCUCUCUCUCUCAUCUCUACUAUCAUUACUAAACUUACUAACUUACCAUUACUAUUACUUCUACUACUACUACUAUUCUGUCUCUCCCUCUACUACAAGACAACACUAUCACUCCUCUUCUCCUUCUCUCUCUCUUCAUGUUUUCCCUCUCGCAUCAGCUCAAGGGCAAUAAACAAAACAAAGUACCGAACUCCACACACCUUCCCUUCACAGCCUGUCACCUCCAAGCAUGCCAUCCCUCCCUCUCCCUCCUCCCUAGACGCUUCCAGUUGGCUUCCAGAACGAGAGUGCCACAGCAGUCACCGGGUUAUGCUGUGUGUAAUUCAACGUGUCAUUGCCCCUCGUGUGUGAAAUGGAGGAGUUUUAAAUUAUUGUUGUUGUUGCUGUUUUUUUUUUUUAUUUUUUGCAGGGUACUGAUAUUAAAGAGGUAUAUUUGUGUGUUUGUGGUUUGUGGUAUGUGGUGUGUGUUUGUUUGUAAGGUGGGUAUUGGGUAUGUUUGUAAUUCUAUGUAUGUAUGUAUGUAUGUGUGUGUGUGUGUGUGUGUGUGUGUGUGUGUGUGUGUGUGUGUGUGUGUGUGUGUGUGUGUGUGUGUGUGUGUGUGUGUGUGUGUGUGUGUAGGAGGUCCUCUUUAUUUCAUCCACACACAUAUCAACAUGAAGCAAUAUUUUCUAACGUUCUUUUCUCCUAACUUUACAUUUAUCAUUGAAGUGAGGCAUAGAGAGCAAUAUAAACUAGCAAUACUAUUUGGAGUUUUCAUUUAGAACACUGAGACUUAAAAUUGUAACGCAAUACAAACGAACAGGGGGGAAGAGCAGUGUUAAGUGUCUUUCUUUUCUUUUUUCUAACUUCGUAUUUUUACAUUGAUCUACUACUCGUGUGUGUGUGUGUGUGUGUGUGUGUGUGUGUGUGUGUGUGUGUCCCUCCCAGUCAUUCCUCAUGCUGUAUAGUGGUAUAAACAAUGCACUUUACUACUUUACUCCAGGGACGUUGGUCAUAACUUUCCUUCUCGUAUGCUGCGGCGCUGUUACAAGUCUGUCUACUGUAUGUACGAUAUGCUGCUGCAAAGUAUUUAAUAGAUGGCAUAUAUAUUGUUGCACCUUACACACACACACACACACACACACACACACACACACACACACACACACACACACCACAACACAACAGAACACACACGCACCACUACAGCACACUAACUCUAUAUACAAACUGUUCACGCCGUCAAGCCACCGUGUAAAUCAUUGGAAAAUGUUUUAGGAAUUCAGAACUUUCGAUCGUAAAAUGUACAUACAUACCACUCAUCCCCACACACACAAAAAAAUCAGCAUCAGUUUUUUUUUUUUUUUUUUCUUUCGUUCUUUUUUCACGAAUUAUCAAUAAUCUUUUUUUGGUUCUUGAUGUGUUACCAGACCCAAGAGAAAAAAAAAGUAAAAACAAAACUUUUAUUUCUACCUUUCUUUAAUUGGUAUGUGUGUGGCUAUACGUCAGAAUAUUUACGCUAUACAGGGAUGAUGUAUUUCUAAGAGUUGAUAAAUAUACAGGUAGGCAGAGAAGUAUGUAUGUUAAUGGUAAUAGUAUAUACAAGGACACAGAGGAAUAUAUAUAUGUAAAGGCUUUUAGAAUAUACAGGGACGCGUGUGCAUGGAAAUUGAGGAAAUACAGGAGCAGAAAGGAUGAAAUGUAUGUAUAUUGGUGUUAAGAGUAAAUAGUAUGCAGGUAAAUGUAUGUGUGAGUGUGCAUGGGGUUUUUAAAUAUACAAGGACAGGAAAAAGAGGGAUGUAUGUAUAAGGAUGUUGAAAUAUUUAUAAGGGUAGAAUAUACAGAGGAUAAAAAAAAAAAAAGAAUGAUGAAAUAUGCGGAUAAAAUGAAGGUGGAUGUCUGUAUUUGGGUGUUUAUGAUAUACAGGGGCGGAGAGGAAGUUGUAUGUACGUAUAAGGGUGAUGAGAUAAUACAGGGCGGAGAGGAAGGGGGGCAGGAGAGCUCAGGCACUCUCGACAUGGUGUCACCUUGUAUCAUGAUCAAUUUAGAUAACAUUAUAUUUUAGUUUCGUAA